AUGCCUUCCAAAGUUCGAGAUAAUAGCACCGAGCGGCGGCGCGAGAAAAAGGAGUCGUCACGAUCAGAAAAGGACAGAAAAGAACGAGAUCAUCGAGACCGAGAGAGGGAUCGGGAAAAAGACCGUGACCGAGACCGGGAUAGAGAUAAAGACAGGGACAAGGAAAGACAUCGAUCGCAUCGCAAAGCCUCUGUCCGUGAAAAGACAUCCUCAAGAACAUCCAUCUCACCGGUCAAUGAAAAGAGACGGUCCUCCAUGCCUGGAAAGGUCGAAGAUGUCCCCAUCAAAUCGGACUCCAAGUCCAGCCUGCCCUAUCCCUCAUUCUCCAGAGAACAUAGCCGUGAAGCCGUCGGACUGGGAAGUCACCCCGUCCUCAACGUCCUCACUCCCCCUGCGACCGAUCUGAAUAUUUCCAAAGACAAACCACCCUCGAGGCAUUCUACGUCUGCGCAUGAGGCGCCGCCCAGUCCGCCGCUCACCGACAAGAACUCGGGCACGGCGAAAUGGAAAGCCAAUGUCGGGAGGCCCGUGUCGGUCAACACCAUUCAGGAAGAAGAGAUGGGUCCUCAGACGGAGGGAGAUGUGAAGACUACAGCCAAGGCACGCCUCAUACCAAAAACCAGAGGAUCCAAGGGCCAUCUGCGUACUUCCUCUGAGCUGGGCACAGACAGUUCCCCGACCCGGAAACCGCGCGAUACACCAACCACGCCAUUGAAAACGGUAACCCCAGCCUCAACAAUGCCCAUUUCUCAAAGAUCAGUCAGUCAACCCACCCGGACUGCUUCUCCCACAACUACCAACAGUGCAACCGAAACUGGCACGAACAUCAGUUCCGAAGCGACUUCGAUAGCCCCAGAACAACCUACCAUUCAGCGGCCAGGGUCAAAAAUCCCUUCCACCACCAUGUAUCCCGAUGGCCCAACAGUUGUCAUCCCCCAGUCAAGGGGAGUUACACCAAUGGAAGUCUAUAUAGAGGACAAUGCCUCAGUCAUAACGGGGACCCCUGCGGGUGUCUCACAAACCCCCGGACCUCCGCCACCGCCUCCAGCGCCCAUCCCCGUCUCUGUACCCAAGGUCGACUACCUGCUGCAGCACGGUGGACUAAACCAGUCGGUAACGAAGAAUUUGCUACUGGCCGGAAAACCCAUGGCGGUGCAACAAGCUCAGGCGCCGAAUCAACACUCUAUUUUGGUUGCAAAUCUAUUCGAACCUUAUGUUGCGCUGCUUGAUGACUACGAAAAAGUCAUGUCGAAGAACGGUUCAUUAGCCGUAGCCACUGGGUACCGCUCAGUGGCACGACGACUUCUGGAUCGACUUGAGGCUGUUUUUGCACGAGAUAUCUCCUCGGAAGCAUGUCAGUGUCCCAUGUGCGAAUACGAUCAUUCCGAGGACGUCAGAGGUGUCAGUUGGGGCGAAGUCCUGGAGCUGGUGUCUGGGAGAAAAGAUCUCCCCAGUUGGCCUCCUUUCGCCUUUACGCAGUCACCGGUGGGAUUGGGGAUCUCUCUAGAGUUCCGCGUACCCAUGCAGAAACUCGACAUUGAUGUACCGGAAGAGUACAGAGAACACUACAUCCGACAGUCGCGCAAGACGAAGCAGAGCGUGGAUAAGUGGCUUAGCCGACAGAGUGACGACCCUAGUUCGCCGCCUGAAGAGGUCGACGAGGAGACCUUGACCUUUGCCAUCUUGACACAUCUUCCCGCUGGUCAAAGGCCUAUCUUCAAAGAUCUGCUCGGUAUCGUGGAUCGGCCGAUCGAACCUCCUAGACGAGCACCGACGCCCGAACUAGAGAAGCAAAAAGGCGAACCCCGUCCGCCUCACCCAACACCGACUCCAACGCCCGCUCCCAGAGUUCAGCCUCCAUACAUCGCUGUUGCCUCGCAAGCGAUACAAAGGUUAUACCGAUUAGCGACCGCACCCAGAGAUUGCGAGGCUGCACUGUUCUUACUCAACAAUCGUUCAAUGCACAACGCACUGGCCACGUUGGCUGCAAUUUCCAACGACGAAUGGGACAUUCUGAUCUCAGGCCGCUUUGAUGGGUUUCUCAGGAGUGGUGCAGAAGACGUUCCCUUACCGGAGCACAUCCCAUCAAGAGGACCGACGCCUUAUCGGCCCCCGACUCGAGGCGCUACGCCUGGUUACGGGCCUCAAACUAAUGGUAAUGGUUACGGUUCUCGCCAGACCAGCUACUCCCAGCCUCACGCGCACACAAACGGCGUUCCCAAUGCCCAGUUUGGGGCACCCAUUGCAUUCGAUGAGGAGACCGAGCUGGCGACCCUGGCUGAGAUUGAACGUGACAUCUAUGCCGGAAUGGAAGCCCUCGAAGAUGCCUUUGAGAUCCUGCACAACAAAGCAGAAAACGUUCGUCGAGCCCUACGAGAGCGCUCUGCUGGCCUAGCAGCAGCCGCCCAGCGCCGACGUGGCGUGAUGGGUGGCGGAAUUGAGGUCCGCAUGGAUACUCCGGCGAGCGGGAUCCUGCCCAACGGAGAAAACGGGACCGCAGGGCGAUGGGACGCCGAGACUGACGACGGGCUCGGGGAGUGGGACGGCUUAGGAGAGAUCGAGCCGGACGAUUCAGCCAGCAACAUCUCCAGUGCGCGGAGGAGACGGCCAAAGAGACGAAACGAGAGGCGCACGCCGGCUUUGAUUGAGGAAGAGGACGAGCUCGACGACGACGGGGCCAGCGCAGGCACAGCGAGCCCAAGGAAAAGGUGA